AUGGACGCCUCGUUGAUCGAGGUUCAGCGCCAGGCUAUCCUGGAAACAGUUCGACAUUCGGGGGGCAAAGAGUGGAAAGUGCUUGUGGUGGACGAGGGAAGCAGAAGAUUGAUUGAUAAUGCCGUCAAGGAAGAUGACAUCCUAAAUGAAAAUGUGACCAAUAUCGAACAGAUCGAACAUCGAAGGCCGUUGAACAAGGAGACAGAUGCCCUGUAUAUCCUGUCCGCACUUCCUCAUAUCAUUGAUUGUGUUAUGGCAGACCUCGAAAGACGCCGUUAUAGGAGGUACUUCUUGGUUUGGACUUCAAAUCUCGACCCUCUAAUGAGGAAUAGAAUCAACGGCUUCAGCGCUGCAAGAGAGCUAAUCGCCAACAUGCAAGUGAUGAAUAUCAAUUUCUUCCCUCGGGAAUCCCGUCUGGCUAUCUUUCGCGACCCCUGGAGCUUUCCUACGCUCUUUCACCCUGCAUGCAACAACCUUGUGAGGGAACACUUGACGGAACUAGCACAAAGGAUCGUCUCCGUUUGCGUGUCAUUGAACGAGUAUCCUCUUAUCAGGUACUUUCGCCCCAAGGAUGCGUCUCAUGAAGCAACUCGGUUUGUACAAGAUGAAUUAGACGAGUACGCAAAGCAUCGAAGAGAUUACCCAGCGCCGUCUUCUAGGCCCAGGGGUGUGCUAUUUAUUACUGAUCGAUCUAUGGAUCUUGCUGCUCCAUUGGUCCAUGAGUUUACAUAUCAAGCCAUGGCUCAUGACCUUCUCCCAAUAAAAGAAGGCGAUAAGUUGACCUAUCGGACCGUUCUAAACCAAGGCCAAGACACCGAAGAGACAAGAGAUAUGGAAAUCACUGAGGGCGAUAAGAUUUGGGUGGAUAGUCGGCAUCUACAUAUGAAAGACCUCCUUGGAAAGCUUGCAGAAGAUUUCAAAAAAUUUAGAGCCCAGAAUCCUCAGUUUGCUGACAGCGACCUUCCUGCGUCAGUCAAUACAGUUAAGGAUAUGCUUGCCGGUUUGUCAGAUUUCCAAGAAGGCAAAAAUGCCUACACGCUUCACCUCAACAUGGCCCAAGAAACAAUGAGAUUAUUCCAGGAACACAAUCUUGCAGAUAUUGCAGCAGUCGAACAAUCACUCGCGACCGGGGUUGACGAAGACUUUCGGAAACCGAAGAACAUUGCAGAGCAAUUAGUUCGCCUUCUUGAUGACGAAUCCGUAGGGCCAUCGGAGCGACUCAGGUUGAUCUUACUAUAUCUCUGCUACCGUGGCGGGCUCCUCGCUGGAGAUAUCAAGAAACUUCUCGCGCAUUCACAGCUUCCUCCCCAGGAUGGUGAAGCCAUCUAUAAUCUUGCGCUCCUGGGUGCAAGAGUAGAGAAACCCCUCAAGGAUCCAAAACCACCACCCCAGUCUUUAUUUGCCCAGAAAUUACCACAGCAGCCUCAGGAGGAUGAUGUUAGCAUAUCACGAUUUGAAACAAAUUUGAAAUUAAUGCUUCAAGAGCAAAUUCGGGGCACACUAGAUAAUACCGUGUUUCCAUACACGCGGCCUUAUCUAGAAGAUGAGAGCUCACCCCAUGACCAGGUGGCUCAGUCUUCUCUGAGAAGUGCAAAACCAACAUGGGCUCGCACUCGGCCAGUCGCUGGUGAACCUCGUCAACGAAUUAUAGUAUUUAUGGCUGGAGGUGCAACAUAUUCUGAAGCCAGAAGUUGCUAUGAAAUAUCACAACAGACCAAUAAGGACGUUUAUCUCGCAAGCUCACAUAUGCUCACACCGGGUUUAUUUUUACGACAAGUAAGAGAUCUAAGCGUUGACAAGAGACGACUAGAUCUUCCGAGUGACCGCCCGAGACCACAGGCUCCAGCCCACUUAUUCGAGAGAGAGCCUACUCCUAAACCCAAACCACCCGCCCCUCCAGUUGGUGGGAUGGCGCCGAUGAACCACAACAACGGCCCUGAGGCGAUCAAAAGGAAGCCGGCAAACGGAACCCCAAGCUCCACUCAACCACAACCUCCUGCUGUCGCUCCCCCUUCUUCAAGCGGAAAGAUUGGCAAAAAGGAGAAGGAUAAGGAAAAGAAGAAGCGUGGUUUCUUUAAAUAA